AUGAUACGAAGCGGGCUUCUUCUCUGUACAAUCAUUGCCGUGGUCAUCAUCAAUGAUUUUGAAAGCUUCGCUUGCCCAUGGAGGCAGCAGAGACGGAACCUGCAUCGGCAGUACCCCCCUCGUGAUCGUGCAGAAGUGUUCCGUUUGAAUGGUGGGCAGGACACCGGAAUGCUCACCGCGGGGCCAAGGCAAGUGCGAGUUGCUCGACAAGCAGAGCCCCUCAUGCCGUGGAGGAUUCCAAACACGCAGCGCUUUCAGUGGCUCUCUGUGCGGGAGCUGCUUCUGAGAGAGAGAAUCCUGAUGGUCUCGGAGUACAUUGACGACAACAUGGCCAAUGCGUAUUUGGCAAUGUUGCUUUACCUUCAGUCAGAAGAUGCCAAGAAACCGGUGCAAAUUUACUUUUCCAGCCCUGGAGCGGCUUUGAAGCCAGCACUGGCCUUAUAUGAUACCAUCGGCCAACUGAAGGCGAAAGGCUGCAAAGUCACCACUGUCAGCUACUCUCUUUGUGCCGGAAUGGGUGCUUUCUUAGCAGCCGCUGGCUCGCCUGGGCGGCGCUUUGCAACGCCUAACUCGCUCUUUCUUCUUUCCAAAACAGGAUUGGAAAGUCCGGUUCAAGGUCAGGCUACCGAAAUUGAAUUAGAGGCAAAACAGAUGCUGCGAGAAAGUGAGCGUAUAGAGGAGGAGCUGUCCAGCAUUACUGGCAGACCCAUGGAGCAGAUCCGAAAGGAUUUGCGACGAAAUUUCUACCUCACCGCAGCAGAGGCGGUCGAGUAUGGUCUGAUAGACAAGGUGCUUGUACCAGAGGACGAUAAGGGCUCAAAGCUAGACAAGGGCACUCGUGAUCCAUGGAGUGGCCAGGUCGUGAAGCCAGAGGUCGGCUUUGGGGUUUUCGCAGACCCAGAUCAGCCUCGAACAGCUGUCUAA